CUGGGACUGGCUCUGGGGAGCUCCCUUUAGGGCCCUCAGUUACCAUGGAUGCACUUUUCUGCCUGGUUCCCUUUUUCUAACUUCUGGACUGUGGUUUAAGAUGGCCUUGCUGAGGCAUGUAUCUGGAAGAUAGAAAGGGUCUCUCGCUGAACCUGAAGUUCACCAAUUGGUUAGACUGGCAUGCCAGCAAGUCCCAAGACCUCCUGAGACCUCCUGUAUUUGCCUCUUUAGCACAAGGUAGAUUACAGGUGAGGAUCAUCCAAAUUCCUGAGAAAUCUGCCAGGUAGUAGUAUGGGAUAUGAUCUGCCACAGUCCCCAAAGAUACCAGGCAGAAAGCAAGAGGUGGCAUUGACGCUGACAAUGAAGAGAAUUUAAUGUGGAUGGACUCAACAGCCUCUGUGUGUUUCUUCCACCUCAGCUGUUUCUGAUGCUUGGAAGCUAUUCUUUCAGCCACAAAGAUGGUAAUAAAUCUUUGCCUCCCACAGUUCAGACCAAGAAUUCACUGCAACAAGGUGUCAGCUGAUGGUUAUGAAGUAGAAAAUCUCAUCUCUGAAGACCUCAUAAAGAGAAGCCAUGGCUUUAGGACAGAGUAUUUCAUUAGACCUCCAAUCUAUGUGACAGUUUCCUUUCCCUUUAAUGUGGAAAUCUGUAGGAUUAAUAUAGAUCUCACAGCUGGAGGAUGUCAGAAUGUCACUGGCCUGGAGUUAUACACAUCUGCCUUAUCCAGUAGGGCCUCUCUGGAUUCACACGGGUGCUGGACUACAGACCCCAUGGAGCUCUCUGUUCCAGACAAGGAGGCAUUCACCUUGGUAGGCAAAGUCUUACUGAAAAACCAGAACCAUGUGGUGUUCAGCCACAGGGGCUUCAAGGCCAGGCCACCAUUUAGCCCAAUGGAAGUCACACUUUUCUCUCCUGCUGUUGUAGCCCAGGAACUCUGGAAUAAAGGGGCUCUUUCCCUUAGCCACGUGGCCCACCUCAAGAUUGGAAUCACCCAUGUGACAGGCAGUGGCAUCUCUUGCAUAAAGCGUUUAGAAGUGUGGGGUCAGCCAGCCAAGACCUGCUCUCAGGAGGUGAUAAAUAGUGUCUUGUUGAUAGCAUCAGAAAGCCUGCCUAAGGACUUGGGUGUGCACACUCCAGCCUUGCCCAUGGAGAGUGACUGUGACCCUGGGGGUCAAUCUGAGGGCCAGCAGGGUCCCUGUAUCUUACAGGAGAUGUCUGAGAUGGUUAAUGAUGUGCCAGAGGAGUUCCUAGAUCCUAUCACCCUGGAGAUCAUGCCAUGCCCCAUGCUGCUGCCCUCAGGCAAGGUCAUUGACCAGAGCACUCUGGAGAAGUGUAACCUCAGUGAAGCUACUUGGGGCCGAGUGCCCAGUGACCCUUUCACAGGGUUAGCCUUUACCCCACAGUCCCACCCCCUACCUCAUCCUUCCCUGAAGGCCCGGAUUGACCAUUUCCUACUCCAGCACUCUGUUUCUGGCUGCCACCUGCUUGGGAGAGCACAAACUACAUCAGCAAUGGCCCCUUCUAUCAUUACCCUGCCCUCAAGGAAAAGGAAGCCAGAGCAGGCUGGACACAGCUCAGACUACAACCUUGGCAUGAGUUCAACUUCCUCUGCCACAAGCCCUCUGCUCUCAUACUCUACCUCAGAGCCUACUGCCAAGAAGAUGAAAGCCCCUGCUGAGCUCAGCCUGACAGAUAUGGACUGUUCAGCAGGUCCAGUGUCCCAUGAGCAGAAGCUGUCGCAAAGUUUGGAAAUUGCCUUGACUUCCACCCUUGGCUCCAUGCCUUCCUUCACUGCCCGGCUCUCCAAGGGGCAGCUCCAACAGCUGGGCACAAGAGGGAGCAGUGCUUCCAGGAGGCCAGACACCAGCCAUGGGCAUCCCAGGACUGUUUGUGGUCCAGAGUGUGUGUCCUGCAAAAGAGCAUUUUCUUCCUACUCCACAAAGGAGCCUGUGUACCAGCUGCCCUGUGGCCACCUUCUGUGCCGACCCUGCCUGAGUGAGAAGCAACGCUCUCAGCCCAUGAUGUGCACAGCCUGCCAGCAGCCAGUCACCAGCCAGGAUGUGCUUCGGGUCCAUUUUUGAGUGCCCAGCCUCAACCAGGAAGCCCCGUUUUGGAAGAGACCUGCAGGUGGAGGAAGCAAGAACAGGAUCCCAGUGCCCCUGUUCUCUCCUGGGUUUUAGCACCUCAUGGUGUGUUACGGGGACUGGUUUAGGACACCCCACUCCUGCUUAGGCAACAACAGGAUAAUAAAGCCAUAGGCUAGGCUAGGGAAGACGUCCCUAUUCUCCCUGGUCUACCUUGCCACUCCCCAACCAGAGCCAGCCCCAGCUGUUCAGAAGCACUCCCCUGAUGCCCCCUGUUAUCUGCACACAAUCUUUUGUUUGUUUCAUUUUUUGGUUUUGUUUUUUUUGAGACAGGGUUUCUCUGUAUAGCCCUGGCUGUCCUGGAACUCUCUGUAAACCAGGCUGGCCUCAAAGUCAUAGAGAGCUCCAUCUGCCUCUCUCCCAAGUGCUGAGAUUAAAGGCAUGUACCACUGCCACCUGGCUGCACAUAACCUUCUAAUGGAACCUUGUGGAUGACACUCAGUAGACUGUAACGUGGGACCUCACACAGCCUUCUCUGCCUCAGGGUCACUCACAUGUGGACCAUGGUAGGGGUUGUCAAGCACACAACUUAGCUAUGUGUACUCCCACCCCUGCAGAUACUUAGAGCCUUAAUAAAAUGACAGUUGACAUUCACUGAGGCUUACUCCUGGCACACAGGACAAGACAGCCAUGUGCAGUGGCUGCCACCUGUCAGGCAGUGGUUUAGAUCUAGCCAGCAUGGUGUGUCAGUGCAAAGGAGGGGGAGUAGCUUCCAUCUGGCCAGUUGCCAGUGUGUCUGGUUGUUCCUGGAGCCACUCUCUGAGAGAGGACAUCCCUGUUCUGUGUGGCCCACUACAGGAAAACACUUGUUUAGAGGCAACAUUUUUAACAAUUUAUGUGUCCGUGUAUGGGAACCUGUAUGGCAUGGUAUACCUGUGGAAGUCAGACUACACCCUCCAGUUGGCUCACUCCUUCCACCUGCGUGGCUCCCAGAACUGAAAUUCAGACCAUUAGCAUUGUGGCAGUCUCCUAUACUCUCUGAAUCACCUCAGUGGCUCCUUAGGCUAUGCUUUUUUUUUUUUUUUUUUUUUUUUUUCCCAUUCAAAAUUAAACCUUAUGGAGUCCCAAAGAAAACUAAGAUUCCAUACAAAUCUGUUCACUGUCAGGAGCUUCUAGCCAUUAGAAUAUCUGUGCAGGUCACCACACUGUUUCCAAUCCCUUCUGGGUAUGGUCCACCUUAUCUUUGAGAUGAAUCACAGUCCCUUGAACCACAUGUUCUCUGUUCCUUCAGGUUGCCCAGAGCUUAGUCCUGGGGCUUAGGGAAUCUGCUUUCAGGGUUCCCAGGGGAAAUGUCCACAGAGGUGGCCAGUAGGGGAUUAUCACUCCUUUCUCCUACACACUACACCACCGGUACCUACUGUACUGCAGCAUCAUUCAAGACACCAGGGUCUGCAUGGAUAGGCCACCCUGCACUGUCUGGUGGCUCCACACAUCCCCACUCUGCCUGAGCUUCCCUCCUGGGUGCUGCGUUAUCAGCCUACAACUACAGAGGCCUUGGUUUGGGGGGUCAUAAACUACCCACAACCUGUAAUGGUCUCUGGAGUGGGCCCACCUCCCCCUCAGCCUUUAGGCCUCAAUGAGAGCUCAGGGAGCUAUCUCUGCCCUCCACCCUGGGCUCCCCAGAACCCCCAAGCUGCCACUCCCCUGCAGCUAUACCAGAGGUGCCUGUCCUAUUCUGCUGGAAAACUAGGUCGGUGGCAGGACCUAACCCAAGUCCAGUGGGGAGUCACCCACACACUCAGUGUGAUUGUAUUCAAGAUCUGACCCCACCUCCCCCAAGGAAGUGAUCUUUUCUCUGCCCUUGCCAGCACCACAGAGCUGUUUUUCUUCCCUAGGACCUGGUGUGGUACAAGCUCGUAAAUCCAAACAUCAGGAGGACUGCCAUGAGUUCAAGGCCAGCCUGGGCUACUUGUCUCAAAGACACUAAAAUAAAAAGAAAUAUGUUAUUUGG